AAGAAAAAAAUUAGUUCUGUGUUUACCGAACAGUAACUGUCAAAGGGCACAAAAAGCCACAAGAUAUCUAAAAAGUGUUCAUAUAUAUUUGGAAUAUUCUUUUUCUUCACGUAUUUUCACAUGUUUGUUUUGUCCGUCCUGUCGUUUCUGUUUUCACUGUUUACGAUACGCUUAUAAUGUUACGUGCUUUGUUGUCUGAAUGUUGCAAAGUUCUGCGGCAAUAUUUGAGAAAGCAGGCGAGACAUCUAGAAAAUGAAAUUGAUGCAAAGUUAGUAGCAUUCAGUAAGCUAGGCAUAAAUGCUGGCGCCAGACAUGUCAAUGCAGAUGAAGUACCUCUCAUGGAUGAGGAACACGUGUUCGAAAACAUGGCCUCAGAAAUUGAGACAUUGCUUGCCAAAUUGUUCUCUAUAAAUGAGAGGAUGAGUGAAUUACAACCAAAUGGAGCAGCUAUGUUACAUACAAUGCAACGUCACAAAGAGAUACUAAAGGACUAUAAACUAGAAUUCAAUAAGAUUAGGAAUAAUUUCACAGCUAGGAAAGACCGUGAGGAUCUCCUAGGCAGUGUUCGCAAGGAAAUAGACAAUUACAAAAGUGCUAGUGGACUGAAUCGACGAGAGAUGUACCUUAAAGAAAAUCAACAUAUUCACAACUCGGAUCGCUUAAUCAACGAUCAGAUAAGCAUAGCGAUGGAGACACGAGAUCAUCUAAUGACUCAGAGGCAGGCAUUCAAACGUAUACGAACCAGAUUCAACGACAUUUCUAAUCGGUUCCCGGCGGUGAAUAGUCUACUACAAAGGAUAAAUUUACGUAAAAGAAGAGAUUCCGUUAUACUCGGCCUUGUCAUCGGAGUUUGCACAUUUCUGAUGCUUUUAUAUGCCUUUCAUUAGACAUUGUUAGCGCACAGAUGCUGCAAAACAAUAUCUGUACUUCCAUCCUCCUCAAAUAACAAUUACUCACAGGAAUACAUACACAUUUUAAGGCAAAACUCGGAAUAAUUUGCCUAUUUUAGGCGAUUUUCGGGAGCUACGCCUUCUAUCUUCCUUUGUCGCGCGGUAGGCCACGCAACUGACGAUCGCGGCUCUCAACCUCAGAGCCGUUCAGAUUAUAAAGAACGCAUCUAUGUAAUGAGCGAUAAAGAUAAAAUAACGUAUUAUCAUGUACAAGAAUUGAGUCAUGCGUUAGCAUUUAUCAGUGCGCUUCCCGAACGCAGUUUCGGUAGGCUACCACAUAGAUGCGCCCCUUGUAAUUCCAACGGGCCCCAAGGCUGAGAGCCGCGACUGUCAAUUGCCUGCCGCGCGGCAAGGAGAGAUAGAAGACGUAGCUCCCGAAAGUCGUCUGGAAUGAGCAAACUAUUCCGAGUUCUGUUUUAAGAGAUAUCUUGAGAUGCAAUAAGCACAUAGAGGAUUUAGUUAUUUAGAAUGUGCGAGAUUGUAUAUGUGCGUAUAUAUGGCGUGAAUGCUCGAAAAUCCUCUCUUCCCUUUUUCCCUUCCUUUGACCUCCUUUUACUCUUACCCACUUAAAAUUGAAGUGAAAAAAAUUUACCUGUACAGUUUUUUUAUACCAAGAUAUAAAAUGUGGACGUGCAGUAUAAGCAAAUAAUUAGUCCACGUUCGAUAUGUUAACUUAAUAAACGUUAAAGUAUAUAUGUAA